GUCUGGUUCGGGGACAAUCGUGCCUCUAUCGAGUUCCAUGAGCGAGGUAAGAAACACAAAGAUGCAUUGGCCAACAAAAUUCGCGAGCUGGGAAAAAAGCAACGCGAGGAAACGAAAGCGAGGUAUUCAUUAAACAGCGCUUUGGCUCAAAUGGAAGCAGCAGCUCUGGUAUCUAUGGCGGAACGUGGUGAAGGAAUCUCGCAUGGCCCGGCAUUGCCAGGUUAUCCUUUUAUUAGCUAA